GCCUUAUACACAGCUCACAUCGGGGCAUGCGAGUUGGCAGGGGAGCAGAAGCGGAAGCGGCUGAGCCCUCACCCGGCUUACGUUAUCAAAGCAAUGGCAGAGGGCCAUGAGCCCUCCCUGGCCAAGGAGGCCGCCAGAUUAUGUCGACUUCCUCGCUUCCACUUCUUCCCGCAGAUCUAUGCCGCAACUUGGGACAGGCGCCUCAUGCCUCGCUUUCGCCGACUCCCCUUCAAGCUUCUGACACAGGAGCACCUGCCUAAGCUGUUUGGGGAUGAGAGUGCGGCCUUGCGGGCCCUGGCCUCAGGUUUUGUCCUCAUCGACCUCGCGUCUUGCACGGGGGAGUCUGUGUAUCCGCUUGAGCUCGGCUUCGGUGUCCCAGGCAAGGGCGGAGCCAUGUUUACCCCUCCGCAUGAACAACUUCGCCCACCGAUGCGCACUCCGGCUGGCGACUUCUACCGCUUUGCCAAGUCUCUUCAGAAACUUUCUUCGAAGUGCCGUCAGUUUGGAGACCUCGCUCGCGCUCCCAAGCACAUCCGCAAGGAGAUCAAGUAUUGGCUAGAGCGCAGUGCGCACCCCUUGCCCGGCGGCUCCUGGCGCAAUUCCUCUCAGGACUGUGUGGCGGUUGUCAACGCAAGGCUUUGGGGGCGCCAGGGCGAUGUUGUGGACACGACGGCCAUCUGCACCAAGGACUCUGACCGCUUCGGCAAGGGAGCGCUCAGCCAUUUCGGCGCGCUUCUUCCUGUUGGGAAGGUCAGAACCAAAAGCAGCACCUAUCGGCGCAUCUUUGAGGAAGUGCACCCCUUUCGAACCUACGGCAAUGACGACGGCUACCUGAGAAUGGAGUCGGCUGUUACUCCUCAGCCACCGCCGAACCCCCCGCGGGAGGCGCUGCAGGGAGUCUGGAGGGACCCUCCAUCUACGACAUCUGCGGGGACGUCACUAGCCUCAGAGCUGAUGCGCCGCAACUCGCUCACCCGGGACGAGCUCUGCGAAGCCAUCGCCACCUCGCAGGCCAUGCUCGAAUCUCUGCUGGACACCAUCCGCGAGUCCAACGCCUGA